UCUUUGUGAGUCACCCUGUAGAUAGCGGGUACGUAUAUACACAAUGUACAAAUUUAUAUUGCUGUUUGCAAACUUAACCAACUACACAGUCCACGUACAAAUUACUUAAUCGAGUUAUAUCACACUGACUCUCACAUAUACAUAUGCGUUUAACGAUGUUCAUUCUCGACGAACAGCGUGUUACUAUUUUUUCGUUCACCUCUCAGUGAAGUAUAGUUACAACUGUUAGGUGAAACAAACAUGAGCGAAUCGAUAACGUCGGGUGCCGUUUAACGUUUACAAAGUUUCAUAGAUGUUCGAUUACAAGCAAAAUGCCUGUCAUCAAAAGAGAAGCGGAGAAGCUGCCGGAAGAGCCACAGCCGGUGGAAGAGGUGCCCGCCUCGACGUCGGAAAAUCUUCUGGUCACGGAGAUGGAUAUAAAAGAAGCCACGGAGGCGGAAGUGGUGACCGAAAGUGCAGGGAAGAACUUUGAGACCCAAGUGGAGAACCUCGGCAAGAAGCUCGCGGAGGAAACGGGAAUACCAACAUGGGGACUCGUAGCGAUUCUAAUAGCCGUAGGCGUAGUAGUUCUCGGAAUCUGCUUCUGCUGCAUCAGAAGAUGCUGUCGCAAAAGACGAUCCAAGGACGGGAAGAAAGGGCUGAAGGGUGCGGUAGACCUCAAGUCCGUGCAGCUAUUGGGCACCACGUACAAAGACAAGGUCCAGCCGGAUAUGGAAGAAUUGACCGACAACGCGGAGGAGCCGGACGAAGCCGAGAGCAAGCAGAGCGAAGUGAAACUCGGGAAACUGCAGUACAAGCUGGAGUACGACUUCAACACGAACAGCUUGGCAGUGACGGUGAUACAAGCAGUGGAUCUGCCAGCCUUGGACAUGGGUGGCACCUCUGAUCCCUACGUGAAGGUUUACCUCCUGCCAGAUAAGAAGAAGAAGUUCGAAACGAAAGUGCACAGGAAAACGCUCAAUCCUGCCUUCAACGAAACUUUCACGUUCAAGGGCUUGCCAUACGCGGACGCGAUGAACAAGACGCUCGUCUUCGCGAUCUUCGACUUCGACAGGUUCUCCAAGCACGACCAAAUAGGCGAAGUGAAGGUACCACUGUGCCAAGUGGAUCUGGCUCAGACUAUCGAGGAAUGGAGAGAAUUGCAGAGCGUCGAGGGCGAGGGUGGCCAGGAUAACAAAUUGGGUGACAUUUGCUUCUCGCUUCGAUACGUGCCCACCGCUGGUAAAUUAACGGUGGUGAUCCUGGAAGCGAAAAAUCUGAAGAAAAUGGACGUCGGCGGCCUGUCGGAUCCUUACGUAAAGAUCGCUCUGAUGCAAAAUGGCAAGAGAUUGAAGAAGAAGAAAACGUCCAUCAAAAAGUGCACUCUUAAUCCGUAUUACAACGAAUCCUUCACGUUUGAGGUACUCUUCGAGCAGAUACAGAAAGUGCAAUUGGUUGUCACGGUAGUCGACUACGAUCGUAUUGGCACCUCAGAACCCAUUGGGAAGGUCGUCUUGGGGUACAACGCGAGCGGAACAGAGUUGAGACACUGGUCCGACAUGUUGGCAUCCCCGAGACGUCCUAUCGCUCAAUGGCACACGCUCAAGGACCCCGAUGACAGCGACAAGAAGGACUAAGAGAUCGUUGAAAGAUGUCCAGCAUAAAGGUAAUGCACACCAAAUGGUUCUAAGCAGAUACGACAAAUGUACAGAAGCGUUAUUUUUUUCCUUUCGUUCCGUUCGAUUCCGUUCGCUUUCGCCCCACUCGACAAACUAUACGUGUAUAUACGUAUAUAUACGCGCGUACGUGCAUCUGCAUAAUAUAUAUACAUAUAUACGUGUAUUUUCCAACGAUAUCCGUGAACGAUGUACCGUAACGAGAAUGCAGGAUUUUUCUGGACAAAAACGAGCAAAAGAGAAGGAAAGAGACGGAAGGAUGUGCAGGAGAAAAGAGAGAGAGAGAAAGAGAGAGGGGGAGAGAGAGAGAGAGAGAGAAAGAGAUGGGAUGCAACGAUCUCCUCGAUGUAAUCGAUCGACUUUAUUUGAUGAAAAAUAAUCGUGCACGAGAAUAAAAGUGAGAUAUAGAUAUGAGAGAAAGGGAGAGAGAGAAAGACAGAGCGAAAGGGUGGGAGAGAGAGCGCGAGAGUGUGAUAGAGUAAAUAGAGUACCGAAGAGAAAAAGAAAAACAUGAAACAAAGGAAAUACUUUAGUAGAUAUUAAUAAUCUAUUAUUAAACUAAACAACAAUAAAAUACCACCAAAAAAGGUUUUAGUAUUAAAUAAUAAUAUGUUCUCAUGGAGUGUAGCGUCUUGUAUAUACGUAUAUCUACCAUACAUUUUUCCGUAGAUGUAACAAUUGUACGACUUCGAGUAAACGCGUCCUCUUCGAGGUAUCCCGAGACGAAGCAUUGAAUGACUUUCUCACGUACGAGCUCCGAUCGUUAGUCUACGUUUCCUUUUCGUCAUUUCAAUUCCAAACACGUUUGAUAAGACGUUUACACGAGACAACAAAGCUGUUAAUCUUAUUAGAGUUCUAUAUUUAUAUACAUAUGUACGCGCAUGAACGUAUGCUGUAUAUUCUAUGUAUACACCGCGAUUGCAUAGAGGUAUAACGUAUACGGUGUAAAUUAUCCUGAAUUGCGCGUACAAUUUUGUUUAAAAGAAAUAAUAGCGACGUUUUGCAUCUACAGAUCGAUAAUCACGUUCGCGCAGAAAAUUCGUGCGAUUAGAAACACGAUUUCAUGAUGAUCGAUACGCGUAAUAUCCGCGGAGUGAAAAAGUUUCGUUGUCGGAAGCCUUCCGGCUACCUUUACACUGUUUACUUCGUGCCCAAUGGAACAGGCUUUUCGAAAUUUUUAUUUAAUUUCGUCCCCCGUUUGCUUUGACCACGCGAACAAACCGCGAAAACUAUGAUCGAAUGAUUUCUCGUGUGAAAGGAGCAAUGCUUUCGAUCGCGAUAUCCUCGUACAGUAACGACCUUAGACUAUGCGCUACCUGUACAGGGAACUCGGCUGAUUGAAACGCCAAGCGGGCGCGUCGGCGGGAAAUUCAAAUGCUCGCGGCGGGGAAAGGAGGGAACGUUACACGCUUGGACCGUUUCACUCGCAGAAUUGUGCCAGUGUAGUUUUUGUUGUAACGGCAUCUCUCGAUUAUAGUACUUUUACUAGUAUCAUUUCAUAAAUUACCUGUUCUACGGAUAAAACUGUUAUAAUCGAUGGGUGCGAAUGGCGGGUUCGUUUGCGAGUGAAGCUGAGGGGAACAAAGAGGACGUCGUUUCUAUUGUUGAGUUCUUGAAAUCGAAUCUGCAGAAUAUACGGCGAAAUCGAGGACGCGAGGCGAGAUCUCGAUUCACGCGUGCGUUCGAUUUUCCCGCGAUUCCGCAUGUUCACUCUGAGUAUACAUACGCGUGUACGUGAAAACUGUAAACAUAUUGGUAUAUAUACAUAUUAUAUAUAUAUUUACCACGUGUUAUAUAUGCAGAUACUGUUAUUGUUUUUCAAAACGUAACGGGCCUACCGAUUGUAUAACUUACGUUAUCGUUCCGUUAAACUGUUUCUCGGAUAACGAACAUAAAGAAAAGGAAAAAAACGAAGAAAAAGGAACGUAGUGACGAGUCUACGGUGAUUCUCUGUGUAUCUUGGGAAUUGGAAGAAAAAAAGGAAAAGAAAAAAAGGAAAAAGAAAAAAUACGAAAAAACAAAAUUCGAAGAGAAAAACAUUAUAUACCUACGUUUCGAACUAAACUUUAAACGAAAAUAAUUACGAGAACGU